AUGGCACAAGCGGUGCCUACUCCCCAGCCGCCGAACGACAGGAGGAGGGUGAAAGUCUACGAGUUGCGCAACAAUGACUGGUUCGACCGCGGCACUGGUUUCUGCACGGCGGCGUUCCUAUUUAAUGAAGUCAGCCGCCAGGAAGAACCUCGCGUGCUCGUGCAGUCAGAAGAUCAUCCGGAUCGCAUGCUUCUAGAGACCAGAAUAUGCAAAGAAGAUGGCUUCCAGAAACAACAAGGUAUAUAA